GCUGUGCACACCCUGACAUUGACAAUGUCACCGACAGGCGAAGAUGCUGUCCCCGCUCGAUCAUCGCCCAUUCAGGGAUCUCCGCAGGGUACCCCCGAUUCUCGCCAUAGCGUCGAUCGAUCUCCAUGUGCAGCGCGGGGGUUGUUGGGUGUUUCACCGCACAGCGGUGGUCCGGAGGUUCGUUUGGGGAAACGGCGCCGCGAUACCGUUUCGCAUGCGACUGACAGCGUCGUUGGCGCGGGCGUGAGACACAUUUCGCCUUUCGCCGGUGUGUUGGGGGCAUCUCCGCCGGGUGUGGCCGGGUUUCGUGACGCGACCACGUUUGGAGGUGUGUACGGUGCUCCGUUGCUGCCAUCCCCAUUGCUGCCUAGACGGCUGGACUAUGCGGCCACGAUUCCUUUAGCACUUGUAUGGUCACAUGAGGUGGCCCCGCCAUGUCCCGCUGGAGGCAGUUCUCUUCCAGGAGAUCGCAGCGACGCUUUGCGUUCUCCACCUGUUUCAUGUCGACGAGUCGUCAACACGGCGGCGGGUUCGUUUGCGCUGUCGCCUCAGGCUCCCUUUGUCGAUCCAUAUUCCACACCUCCGUUUGACGAUGUGGAUGGCUCAGCGGCACUCGACGGCACGCCGUGUUCGAUCGGCAACAACAUCGUGCGAGUGUGUGUGCGGGACGCGUGUCGGAGACGGUUGUAUGCUCUCCGCGACGCUAUGGCCGGUCUGGGUGACCAUCGUGGACCGGUCAGCGACGUUAUUGAUCGGCUGCUGCACUGGUCCUUGCCUGCCAUCCGAGCGGAGUUUGAAAACGAGGUAGGAGAUGUGAUUUCUUCUUCGUUGUCAUCUCGGGUGUGCGGUCGAGAUUUCACGUUGCGUUGUAUGCCAGGCGAUUCCGGUGUUGAAUACGGUCAGGGGGGUUCGCAGGGUUCAACGAGCGGAGGGUUGGGUGAGUCUCAUGACGGAUCGCAGAACUCCUUCCCGUCAUCGCGUUGUGCAUCCCAGCGCAGUGACAUAGGGCGCGACAGACCCCGCAGCGCGGGUCGCUGCAGACCAACACCUGGUCGGCCGCAAACGUGGUGGGAUAUUUGGGACGGUGUUGACCAGUGCGGUCCUAGCCCUGAAAUUGACCGUGCCAAUGUUGAGGAGGCGAUGGGUAGAUGGAGUGGACCGACGACGCCGGAUGUUGUGUUUCUGGAGCCGGUUAAGCUUCUUCAAUUGCUGGCCAUGUUUCAUCUAUAUUGCCCGUGGCACAAGGGCUCGUGUCGUGUGUCUGUGGAGUCCGUCUCCUAUCCUGCGCAGCUCUGUAAGCUGACGUUCGUAUGCGACAAGAAAUGCAAAUGGACGUGGCACACGGCACUCGUGACCACGAACGUCUAUCAGUCGCGACUGAUGCAGCAGCUCUUUCAUGCCACGGUCACCGCCGGCCUUACGUUCACGCUCCUCGACAACUUUUGUGUUUGUUUAGGGAUGUGCUCGGUGCAUAAACCCACAUUCUACAAAUUUAUGCGCACAGAACCGGGGGGGGCGGAGGGUUGGAAUGCCAAGGUCGUACGAGGCGUGCAGCAUUGCACUGUCACCGCGAUGGAGUACGAGACUCGGCUUGUUGUAGGUGUUCACACUCUCCGUCCGAAGAUUGAAGGCAAGGCAUCGAAUGCGCUUGAGGUGCCAGCCGUCGUGCAACUUUUGCGAGGGCUGAUGGACAAGGGGUUGAAGAUCCAUUGCGUUGUCUCGGAUGAUUGUGCGGCGCUGGGACCGAAGUUGCGAGCUAUGAACAUCGAGUGGCAGAAGGAUUGCCACCACAAAAUAAAAAACAUUCGAAAGCACUUCCACAGUAUGUUGCAACUGAAGGAAGCGAAGAAAGUGAGCAGCCCGCACGACUGUGUAUCAGAGCCGCAGUUCAUACAGUUCACGAAGAAGCGGCUAAAGGACGCAUUGGAGCAGCAUUUUGGACCUGACGUCCUCACACCUGCUGAGGAGCACCUGAAGAAAUCAGCCUUCGUCGUUGUCGUCAUGCGAAAGAUGUACUCCUACGGAUCGAGGUUGAAUGCUCGAGCGUUGGAGACUAAUCCAGACGGCUUGACAGAGUACCAUGCGCAUGAGGUUGGGAUGUGGUUCCUCCGCGCUUGCCAGUUGUGCAGGGAGGACAGCGGAGACACCGACAGUCUACACCGCGACAUCAUGUUGGUCGCCGAUCACUGGGCUGGUGAUCAUUCGGGAUGUGUGGACGGUAGGGAGGUUCUGUGCGAGAAGGUCGGUGGGCGUGCACGAUUGCCUUUGUAUAGCCGCACGGACACGGUUUACGAGCACUAACAUCACACCGUACUACGUCGAGUUUCGGCACACAUCGGCGGUGGAGACUUUUCAGGGCACCAUCAUUAUCUAUGCGAAGAAGUCGGUGCAUUUCGAGAAGUC